CCACAAUCACGCAUGUUCACAAAUUGACGCAACACCACGGCCCAGAGAAAACCCGAAUCCAUACCAGCUACUUAGUCGCAAGUGUCCGCCGCAUGCCCGACUCCGCAACGGUCGCAACCGCGCUCCUCCUUGCCGCAGCCUCCGCCCUCCUAAUCGCCGCAAUGCUCUACCCGUCUGCCCUGCUGCGCUGGUUCCAGCGCAAGAGAUAUCAAUAUGAAGUCACAUUCUCGCUGUACAUGUUGACGAGUACUGAGAAGUUCAUCUUCAGUACGUCCAUGUUCCCUUCAACCCUCCAUAUCCAGGCCCCUAUAAUUGGAUAUGCUCUUCGAGUUGUAAUCCAGAUAACGGCUAAUGCCACUACAGACUCCGUACUCUUCCUCCUCCUAUCGCUCCUCAUAAUCGCCGCAUCCCUCUACCUUCCCGAACACCUCAGCAUCAUCGCAAGCCGCAUCUUCUACUACUACAGCGGCAACGAGAACGCGCAUUCCGGUCUUGCGAACAAGGCGGUAGGCGAGCCGGCGCAUAUCCAUGGAGCAGGGCUGGCAGGGAACGGGAGGGGGUACAUGGAGCCAUGAGCACAGCAAUGGAGAUGAGCUAGCAUACAACGGCUGGUGGAUUCCAUAUGACUAUAGACCCUGGCUGGGAUGAGGGAUUGCCGGCAUAUGGCGCAGACUGUGUCGAUCGCCAGUCUAGUGAUGUACAGGAUGUGAUAUGAGCGGGUGACAGCAUGGAAUGGCGUUUAGAUGGGCGUUGUUGAAAGACCGCUCCGCAUAAGUCUUCGAGUGCUUGGAGCGUUUAGUUAUGAUAGAUACCACGUAAUUGUAAUACUUCAC